CACGAUCCCCGUCCCAAUGGAUGACACGGAGCAGCAGCCCGAGCUGGAGCUGGCCGAGAUGGCUUAUUUCGGCCCCACCUCCCUCACCUACCUCCCCGUCCUCCAAUGGCUAGCUGAUAAUUUCUAUUUGUGUGGAGGAUGCACAGUACCCUGUCGGCUACUAUAUGAGCUGUAUAUUGAAACCUGCAACCCAGAUUUCAAGAUUCAAGUACAUCCAUCCACCUUUGGAAAGCUUAUUCAGUUAGUUUUCCCAGGCCUGGUGACAAGAAAGCGGACCACAGCAGGGAGCAUCAGAUAUCAUUAUGAUGGAAUAGCUAUCAAGAAGGAGUCUUCCUUUUAUGCACGUUUUUGCUGUCUUCUAUAUGAACAAAAUUAUCUCAGGAACUGCUCUCCAGGGGAAGUGAGCAUCUCUGAUGUGCAGCCAAGCACCAGUAGAAGUUCCUGGAGUUCUGAAAAUGCAGCUGAUUACAAGAAGAAUAGACAAAAAAAAGGAACAGUGAGUUUCAGAUACAUUAGACAUAACAAAAUGUCUAUUUGUGUGUUUAAUUAUAACUGCUAUCUAAUAUGUACUGAUGAAAUACAGCUAGCUCAUCUUCUUCAAAAUAAUCUUGGUCUGUGUAAUCUCACUACAUGCUUACUUCCCCCACUCCUAUUUCACCCAUUAGCUAAAUAUUUUUGUUGUCUUAACAUCAGCUUAAAUAAUUUUGUCUGUACUGAGACCAGAAAUUGUGGACAAGAUAAUUGCAAUCUUUUUUUUUUUAUUGUCCAAAAUAAAUUCUGGUGCAUCAAGAGUAAGAAUUUGCAGUAUUAUCCAUCUGUCAUUUAUCUGAAGACUGAACAAGAGACAUUUCAUUACCUUUCUCCUGAUUUCAACCAGUUCUUCUUUGGAGAGCAAGCACAAAGUGAGACAUACCCCUAUGAACUGAUUGCACUGCUUGCCAAUGACUACUACAGCUAUUGUCAAGUUAUUUUACAAAUGGUGAGAGAGACCAAGCUUGACAAGGUGGAAGAUUGUAUCAUGUCAUUCUGGACAUCUCUGCAGCCUGAAAGAAUAGAACUGAUGUGCCUGCCAGAUGUAUGCCAGCUGUUAAAAAGCUAUGAUAGGUAUCUAUUCAAGGAACUGGAGAACAUCCUACUUCCUGAUUUCCUGGAGGAGGUGCCUGCACAACACAUAGACUCAAUCAGAUCAUUCAGUGAAAAUGUUAAGUGUUGGAUGCUUAAUCCUUUGGGAGGUUUUCCAUUACUGCUCCAAACAUCCAAGUCUAAUGAAGCUAAAGAGUUUGUAAAAAGGCUCAGGAGACAGACAGACCUUUGCAACAUGGUCAAGACAGUAAGAGCUCUCUUGAACAACAACAGCACAGUCACUGUUCUGCGAUCAGGCUUGCAUGCCAUCUUCAAUGAGAAAUCUCUGGAUGUGAUUAAAGACCUCUUUCAAGAGUUUAGGAAUCCAAAGAAGCGGCAGAAAAACAUACAAUUAAAAUGUUUGAAAAACUUCAUUUCUUUACUGACAUCUUCCACAGAUAUUCGGGAUCUCCUGAGCUCUUUGUCCUCAGAUCUCCAGACUUUUGUUAUUAAGCCAAGCAAGAGUAAAGAGGCAUUUAAAGAGCAGGCAGCAGAUUUCAUGUUGAAAUGGAACCUCCUACUGAGCAAUGUAGGCAAGAUUCUGACCAUCAACAGGACAGACAGUUUUGGAUCCUGGCUUUUGUUGAAUAUGCUACUUGUUGAUUUUGCGGCUCACAUUUUCCAGUCCUAUAUUGAAGAGGAGAAGGAAGAAGGAAAUGCCUUGGUUACAAACCAAAAUGAGGUCCCUGUUCUGUGUGUUUACGAGCCUAGCCAUCUCACAGCCUGUUUUGCUGAGGAGGAACCUCAAGCCAAUGCUACACAGACAUCUCUUGUGAUGCAGAACCAGAAUAACUUCGGAUUAACCAAUGCUUUCCAGAGUUCUGAGUUGUUUGGUGAACACAGCCACUGUCAGCAAGCACAUCCAGGUAAUUUAGGAAGAGAAAAUUAUUAUAUCAUGUACUAAGCUGGAUCUUCAAGUUGGAAAGGAAACAUUUCUUACUCAAAAAGAUGAACUGAUAUUUUUUUGCCUUCGAUGAACAGCAGAUCUUCAGAGAAAAGCAUCCUGAGUGUAGUAUUCUAUAUGCUAUGCCUUUCUUACUUUUUUGAUAGAACUUUAAGAAAUACUGUUUUCAUUCUCUUAAACUUCAGAUCUUUUUUAAAAAAAUACUAAAGGCAAAACUAGGCUAGCAAUGUACUUAUUUUGUCACAUGAUUUGAUUUAGGUUAUUUGAAUAAAUCUUCAGAAGAUAAAGGUGAACUACUUGUGGCUUUGUUUUAUGUAUUUCUUGUAUCUUUCUUUUGUCAGUAAAGCUGAAGACCUACCUGAGGUAAUCAUGGUAAAUUUAUCUGGAAGCUACAGCAUAAAUUAAUGACUCUUCAUUAAUGCUUCUUUGUGUCUACAAUGCUUAAUUUAAAAUUUAUAUUUAUUGAAUGUAAAACGUAGCACUAAUUCCUGUUUUAAGAAAUUCCUGCUUUGUUUCCUAUUUCUGCAGGAUACAAGAGUCAAUAUCUCACAUAUAAUUCUAUUAACUGAAAUAAAAUAGGCUGUAUAUAAUGUUACUAUUUUAUUAUGUUCAA